AUGGAUCCAGUGAUGAAGAGCAGACAUGAAAUUUGGUGGCUUUUAGCAGCUGCCUGUUGGAUGAUUGUUGGACCUGCUAAUGGUGGCACUAAGACUAAAACCCUGCAGAAUCCAGAAGCUAACAUGAACAUUAGCCAGAUUAUCUCCUACUGGGGCUACCCCAGUGAAGCAUAUGAUGUUGUAACAGAAGACGGCUUCAUUCUUGGGGUUUACAGGAUUCCUUAUGGGAAAGGACACUCUGAGACAACAGUUCCGAGGCCCAUUUUCUAUCUGCAGCAUGGCAUGUUUGUGUCUGCUAGUAUCUGGAUAGCGAAUCCACCCUACAGCAGCCUGGCCUUCACUUUGGCAGAUUCAGGAUGUGACGUGUGGAUGGGGAAUAGCCGUGGGAAUGUCUGGUCUCGGAAACAUGUGCACUAUUCUGCGGAAUCACCGGAAUUCUGGGCUUUCAGUUUUGAUGAAAUGGCUAAAUAUGACCUCGUGGCCACUUUGAACUUCAUUAUAAACAAAACCCAGCAGGAGAAAUUGUAUUAUGUGGGUCACGCCCAGGGCGCCACCAUUGCUUUUGCAGCAUUCUCCACCAAUCCAAAGCUGGCUCAGAGAAUCAACAUGGUUUUUGCCUUGGCGCCAGUGGUUUCAGUACAACACAGCAGGGGCCCCCUAAAGACCUUGAUGUCCAUUCCUCCAUUCUUAUUAAAGGUUAUCUUUGGGAGAAGGGAGCUCUUCCCAAAGUCCGCCCUGAGUCAGUUCCUUGGCAGCCAAGUGUGCAACCAGAAAGGGUUCGAUCACCUCUGUACAGACUUACUCUUCCGUGCAUAUGGAUAUGACCGGGAAAACAUUAACAUGAGCCGUCUGGACGUCUAUCUGUCCCAGAGUCCUGCUGGAACCUCUGUCCAGAACAUAGUCCACUGGAAUCAGAUUCUUCAGUCUUCAAAGUUCCAAGCUUAUGACUGGGGAAAUCCAGCUGCGAAUAUGGCACAUUUUAACCAGGUGACACCACCCUUGUACAACUUGGGAGCCAUCAAGGUACCAAUAGCCAUAUGGAGCGGGGACCAAGACCGCUUUGCUUCCCCCAGGGAAGUAGAAAAUUUGCUCCCCAAACUUCCCAACAUUAUAUAUCACAAGAGGAUCCCAUACUACAACCACAUAGAUUUUCUGCUGGGCCUGGAUUCACCUCAGGAAUUCUUCCAUGAAAUUCUUUACUUGAUAAACCCAAACAUGAAAUAUUACAGACCUUGUUGUUUCCUUGUGUCUGGGAGAAAGGAAAUCAAAUUUGUUAACCCCCACCAUGCAGCAGGGACUGUGUUAAGCACUUUCACAAAUGUUAUCUUGUUUGAGUGGAAAAAGGGAGAUGUUGAUCUAAGUACUGCGGAGUUAUUUAAGGCCCUAGAGAAGGAGGCAGCAGCUGGUGUCUAUGGCCAGCAGUGA